CUUCUUAUCUUUCUCUUUUUACUUUCUCUUUUCUCUUCUCUUCUAUUCUGCCUGCUCAACUCUUCCGGAGGAGGCCUUGCUCUCUUUGGCCUCUCUCUCUCUUUCUCUUUCUCCUUUUGUUUUACCUGAUGUAUUUAAUAUCUAACUUGAUUUAUAAUUUGUUAAGGUUAUGUUAUUGUUAUUUAGUUAAGAUUAUUUUGUUCUUUUGUUACUUUGUUACAGUAUAUUGACUUAUCUGAGUUUCACCUUACAUUCAAUGUUAAGUGAUGUUUACAGUUAAGCUUAUGGUUUAUUUGUUAAUAAAUCAUAAUUUUACCACCAUUUACAUAUCUCUCCUUAUAUGCCAUGCCACUACUCUACUACUACUUGAUAAUUAUUGGUCAAAACUUUAGGGAGUCAGAUUAAUCGUAGUUUCUCGUAAUAUUUACCACUGCUUCACCGCUCUGUCCUGUUCAAGACACAUUCAACAUAAAAUUUACAGUGUCCUUAUUCCAGGAAACAUUUAUUGCCAAAGAUGGUUUGACAAGAAUGAUUGGGCCUCUUCCAGAAGUGAAACGAUAUAUUUCAUGUGACACCUACAGAUGCGGUAUGUGAUAAAGUUCAUAGCCGCACACCUUACCUGUGGCAGAUCUGGAAACAAAACAUGACGGAACCCCACCCCUAUACUUCGACACAAUGACCUGUGGAUCGGCUACAGUUCGACGCCUUUCCAAGACUACCUCAGCACUGCUCUCACUUUCCUCACUCAUCACAAAGUGGGUUUGGUACUGGGAAGAGUCAGAAGACAGAUGGAAAGAGUUUGGGCCACUGGCUGGUGAUGAGCAAUCUUUAUCCAUCACAAGUGAUGAACUGGAGAGGCGAUAUCUCAACAGUGAAACAACAGUAACAUUUUCAGCUGGAUAUCAUCAAUAUGAACUAAGUUUUUUGGAUAUGCUUCAAACAAAUACCAUUACCCAAACACAGAGGCUCGUGAGAAGACGACCAGUGUUCAUCUCAAAUGCAGAGAUCCAGAAAGCCUGUGACAUAUACUGCAACAAAGCACCACCUAUUAUCCCAGAGUCUUUGCCAGAUUACUGGGACCCUCAUCUAUUGCCUCCAGUAGGAUAUGAGAGAAUCAAGCUGGACACAGCAUCUCCAGAAUACUCCAAUGUCCUCAAUCGCUUCGAUAAAACCAUGGCAGGUUGUAACAUUUUGAGCGUUGAGAGAAUACAAAAUCUGGCCUUGUGGAAAUUUUUCAAUUUGCAGAAGGAUGAUAUGGAAACCAAAGCUGGGAGGGAUGUCCUUGAGAGAUUUCUCUUCCAUGGGACUAAAUCAGAGUAUGUGGAUGCUAUCUGCCGUGAAAACAUAGACUGGAGGGUGUGUGGCGAGAAUGGAACUAGUUAUGGCAGAGGAUCUUAUUUUGCCCGAGAUGCAAAGUACUCUAACCAAUACACCGAUUUGACUGGAACACAAUCCAUGUUCGUUUGCCGGAUUUUGGUGGGAGACUUUACAUUAGGACAUCCAGAUUACAACAAGCCUCCUUUCAAAGAUGAAGAAAAAACUGCAGCAUUUGAUAGCUGUGUGAAUAAGAUACAGAACCCUAGUAUAUUUGUUGUUUUUGAGAAGAAUCAGAUUUACCCAGAGUAUCUUAUUCAGUAUGAAGAACCUGAUAAUCAGGUAGCACCCCCAGCUCAAGUCCCACAACCUGUUCAAAUAGUGCCCCCUGUUCAAGUAGCUGUUGUGGCACAACCCCCUGCAGUUCCCACUCAGGGGUCACCACCUAAGUCAGACAGAUGUGGCUGUUGCUGUGAUUGUUGCCUGAGUUUUAUCUAUAUUUUGUUUUGCUGCUGCUGCUGCUGUGAAUAAUAAUGUAUGUACAAAACCUGCUACAUCGCUUCCUUAAAGCAGAAGGAAGGAAGCUGGCUGAGAGCCUUCUGCUGUUUAUAGCCCAUUGCUAGUGUUUCAGCCGCUUACUGUGCAGUUGAGAGCAGGGGUAAGACAUGUACUGCUUUCUGGCACUAGAUGGCGUCAGAGAAACGUUAAUUUCACAAUUCAACCCCUGUCAUACCAUUCAGUCGUACUGUCAAUGGUUAAGUUCUUAAUUGUACAAAAUAACACCAGGAAACUA